AUGGCUAAGCCUAAGUUCGAGCUCAAGACCCCAAAGGGCACCAAAGAUUGGGGUGGCCAGGAUAUGGUUAUUCGUGACAAAAUCUUCAGCACCAUCACAGAAGUCUUCAAGCGCCACGGUGGCGUCACCAUCGACACGCCCGUCUUCGAGCUCAGAGACAUCCUGGCCGGGAAAUAUGGCGAGGAUAGCAAGCUCAUUUACGACCUCGCGGACCAGGGUGGUGAGAUCUGCUCCCUGCGUUACGAUUUGACCGUCCCAUUCGCUCGUUUCCUUGCCAUGAACAAGGACAUCCAAAAUAUCAAGCGCUAUCACAUCGCCAAGGUCUACCGAAGAGAUCAACCUGCCAUGACCAAGGGAAGAAUGAGGGAGUUCUAUCAAUGCGAUUUCGAUGUUGCCGGUACCUACGACCCUAUGUUACCCGAUGCCGAGAUUAUCAGAAUCAUCUGUGAAGUUUUUGAGGGACUGGGCUGGAACAAGACGUACACUAUCAAGUUGAACCACAGAAAGAUUCUGGAUGGCAUCUUUCAGGUCUGUGGAGUGCCCGAAGACAAGAUUCGCACCAUUUCAUCUGCGGUAGACAAGCUCGACAAGCUCCCAUGGGCUGACGUGCGCAAGGAAAUGACAGAGGAGAAGGGACUCGAUGGUGAAGUCGCUGAUCGCAUUGGGGAGUGGGUUGUGCUGAAGGGACAGAACGAUCUCCUCGAGCGCCUCCGAAGUGACGAGAAGCUUUCUGCCAACGAGUUCAUGAAGCAAGGCAUGACCGACCUCGGUCUCCUUUUCGAAUACCUCGAGGCUUUCAAUGUCCUAGACAGAGUCUCUUUCGACCUGAGCUUAGCCCGUGGUCUGGAUUACUACACAGGUAUUAUCUACGAAGUGGUAACGGAAGGAUCUGCUCCCUCUACAACUCCUAGUGCCGAGCAAGCGGAGGCACCAAAACCUGCCAAGAAGAAGAAGGGCAAGGGCCCUGAUGCCGAAGACGAUGAUCGGUCAAACGACCCUACUGUUGGCGUUGGCAGUGUGGCGGCUGGCGGUCGCUAUGAUAACCUUGUUGGCAUGUUUUCUGGCAAAACUCAAAUUCCCUGUGUUGGUAUUUCGUUCGGUGUCGACAGAAUUUUCUCGAUUACGAAGGCCCGCAUGGCUGCGGCUACCAGUACAUCUCUAGUCCGCAAUAAUGAGGUCGAUGUCUAUGUCAUGGCCUUUGGCGGAAAGGGCUUUCUCAAGGAGCGCAUGGCCAUUUGUGCUCAGCUAUGGGAAGCAGGCAUCAAGGCCGAAUUCCUUUACAAGAUCAAGCCCAAGGUUCCCGCGCAGUUCAAGGCUGCCGAGGUCAACGGUGUCCCAUUUGCGAUUUUCCUCGGAGACGACGAAGUUGCAGCUGGCAAGGUCAAGGUGAAGGAGAUGGGCUUGCAAGAGGGACAUCCCGAAAAGGAAGGCAUUUUAGUCGACCUGAAAGAUAUGGUCGCUGAGGUCAAGGUGAGGCUUGAACGCAAGAAGCAACUAGAUCAAGUCACUUCCCAGGCUGAGGGCCUGAAAGUAGUGGAUGGAAUCAAAGCUGAAGAAACAACACCCGAAACUCCAGCUCCAGCUUCGUAA